AUGUUUGAGGAAUCAAAGAAUAAAAGUUUUUUAGGGUUUGAUUUUAGUACACAGAGGUUAAAAGCACUAGUAAUCAAUGAAGACUACAAUGUACUCCACGAGGCUGAUGUUGAAUUUGAUGUUGACUUGCCUGAGUUUAGGACCGCAGGGGGUGUGGUGCGCGGCGAGAAGGGUGAGGUAACAGCACCUCCCCUUUUAUGGGUGAAAGCAUUAGACAUGGUUUUGGACCGACUAAUUGUAGCUGGACUAGACUUCUCCACUGUGUAUGCUAUAUCUGGAGCAGCUCAGCAACAUGGUUCGGUGUGGUGGUCGAAAGAUGCCGAAGCGAAAUUAGGUAGUUUGUCAUCAGACGACUUCUUGCACACUCAGUUGGCGUCCGCUUUUUUGUGCGACUCCCCAGUUUGGAUGGACUCUAGUACGUCUGCCGACUGUAGGGCUCUGGAGGAAGCCAUGGGUGGACCAGAGGAAUUAGCUAAAAUCACAGGAUCUAGGGCGUACGAACGUUUCACCGGGCCACAGAUUCGUAAAAUGUUCCGUACUCGGCCCCGGGUGUACCAGGCCGCGCCCCGGAUAUCCCUGGUGUCCUCGUUCGCGUGCUCGCUGUUCCUGGGCAAGAUCGCGCCCAUCGACCUGGCGGACGGAUCCGGAAUGAACCUUCUGGACAUUAGGACUAUGCAAUGGGACGAACGGGCACUGAAGGCAUGCGGGGACGAGUCGCUGAUUCACAAACUGGGUGCGGCAGUCCCCAGCGCGAGCGACGUCGGGCCGGUGUCCGCCUACUUCGUGCGGCGGUACGGCUUCAGGCCCGACUGCCGCGUGGUGGCCUUCACCGGGGACAACUGCUCCGCCCUGGCCGGCCUUAGACUUCGUUCAGGUUGGAUAGGGCUCAGCCUGGGCACCAGCGACACCCUGCUGCUCGGCCUCACGGAGCCCGCGGCCCCGGCGGCCGGCCACGUGCUCGUGGGGCCCACUCCCGACGCUCCGUACAUGGCGUUACUGUGCUUCGCCAACGGCUCGCUGACGAGGCAGAACCACAGGGACCGGCUGGUGGGCCCGAGCUGGGAGGCGUUUAAUGAGCUCCUCAGGUCGACCGUCCGAGGGAAUAUGGGAUUCAUGGGAGUGUACUACGACACAGCAGAGAUAGUGCCGCGCCGCGCCGCCGCCCGCCUGCUGCAGGCCAGCGGAGGCCGCGCCGUGCAGGCCGGGGCUCCGGCGGCGGAGGCCCGCGCGCUGCUGGAGGGGCAGGCGCUCGCCCGCAGAGCGCACGCCGAGGACCUGCACUUCACUAUCGGCCCCUCGUCCAAACUGAUAGCGACCGGGGGCGCAGCCGCCAACAAAGAGUUCCUCCAGAUAUUUGCUGACGUCUUCAAUGUCCCCGUGUACGUACUGGGCGAGCACGGCAACGCGGCUCUGCUGGGGGCCGCCGUCCGCGCCGCCGCGGUGUGGUCCCGGGACGCCGCCGUGUCGCUGCCAGGCUCGGAACCCACCCUGACGCCGGUGGCGACGCCCUACCCGGACCACGACGCCAUCUACACGCCGAUGCUGGCGCGCUACCGGCAGAUCAUCCAGGAGAUGCCCCGGCUGCACUGACUCCCCCCCGCACUACCGACCUUCCACAGAUCAAGCGUCUCCUCCACCUCGCGCUGUCGCCCCACUGCUGAAGGUAACUAGGGUUGCCACCAUAUUUUUUUUGCAGAUGAAAUACACUGGUUAUUAUAGGUAGGAAAAAAAGAAGUACAUAGUAUUAAAAUAAAGUAUAAUUUAUUUAUAAUGAUCAUUAUGUUUAAUGUUUAAAAUGUUUAAAAAAUAUGCAAUUUUUAUUACAAUUGACCAAAUUAAACAAGAACUUGUGACAAUUAAUGAUGAAUGAUAUGUUGACAUUUGAAGUUAAGUUGCGUACAGAAUUGAUUGUUAAAAAAACGAGUGCUUAGAUGACGUUGCGUUGACGAGUGGCGACAUUGAUUGAGCAAUCGAUGUAUUUCGCUUAACGAAAAAAUACAUAUUAUGACUAAACUUUUCAAAAACCCAAAAAAAAA